GAUCUUAAGGCCCAUAAGUGGCAUUUAUGCCUUUAUUUCCCCCCUCCCCCCCCCCCCCCCCCCCCCCCAUGUGAUUUUUAACCCCGGCCCUACGCCUCCUCCCCUGGUUUUGACAUUUGCACGUGGCACACCGAGCUGUAACACCCACCGUGCAAAGUGGAGGAACUUUCUGUUAUCCCCCCCCUCUCCCACCUGGAAGAGGAGGAGCCCCCCGAGCACGUGGGGGGGUUGGGGCCCUGAGCACGAGCAGACGUUGCCCACGAGGUUCUGUUACAGUGCUCCGUUUUCCUUCUCCCCUUUUGUUACUCAGAAGCACUGGGAGCCCAAAGGGAUGCUCUGCUCUGUGCGUUGCGUGGCUCGCAGGUGAGGUUUGGGUGAAUUGGGUUGGAAAGGUGAGAAUGGCCAUUAAAAGCAAACCAACCGACCGACCGACCUCCCGUUUUGUUUACAGGGAAAAAAAGAAGAAGAAAAAAAAGAAUUCUUUUUUUUUUUUUGGACAAAAAAUAUUGUAAAAUGUGUAGUGAACAUGUUCCUUCAGUUCUUGUUAAGCCAAUGAGGAAUGGGCGUUGCCUUUCUUUUCACCAUUAAUCACUUCUCAGUAAUAAACGUGAGAUCCUGUUGAGCAUCACUGUGGUUUGCUGCUCCCUUCUCGCCUCCCUGUGCCCCUCCUGCAGGAAUGCAGCCCUGAGUGCAGCGUUCAGAGCCCCCACUGGGGUGAGGUGCAGCUCCCAUGGGUGCCGUCCAUCCCUAUUUUGGGGGUUGGGUGGAGGAAAGCUGUGCUCGGUUCCACUGUGAUCGCAGCAUCCGUGCAUGGUUUGUCUUUGGAGAGAAGCAAAGAGGAGUGCUCAGCAUCACUGCCCUGCUUCCGAACCUCAGCCCUCAGUGCAGGGUCUGCUUGGGGCUGAGGGGGGGUGGGAUUGUCGUGUAAGGGCUCCUGUGCACUGCUGUGUGCAUGGCUGUGCAAUGCUCUGCAGGGUUGUGCAUGGCUGUGCAUUGCAACGCAGGGUUGUGCAUGGCCGUGCAUGCUUGUGCAUGGCUGUGUGUUGCAAUGCAGGGUUGUACAUGGCUGUGCAUUGCAACGCAGGGUUGUGUGUUGCUAUGCAUGGCUUUGCGUGGCUGUGCAUUGCAAUGCAGGGUUGUGUGUUACUGUGCAUGGUUGUGCAUGGCUGUGUGUUGCAAUGCAGGGUUGUGUGCUGCUGUGCAUGGCUGUGUGUUGCAGGGUUGUGUGCUGCUGUGGGUGGCUUUGCAUGGCUGUGCAUUGCAAUGCAGGGUUGUGUGUUGCUGUGCAUGGUUGUGCAUUGCUGUGUGUUGCAGUGCACGGUUGGGCGUUGCUGUGCAUGGUUGUGCACUGCUCUAUGGGGUUGUGCAUUGCUGUACAGGGCUGUGUACCACUCCACUGCUCUAUGGGGUUGUGUAUGUUUGUGCAUGAUUGUGUACCACUCUGCACUGCUCUGUGGGAUUGUGCAUUGCCAUGCAUUGCUGUGCAGGGUUGUGAAUUGUUGUGCAUUGCUGUGCAGGGUUGCGCGUUGCUGCCCACUGCUGUGUGUACUCGUGCAUGACUCUGCACUGCCCUGUUGUGCAUCACUCUGCACUGCUCCGUGUGAUUGUGCAUUGCUGUGUGGGGCUGUGCAUUGCCUUGCACUGCUGUGCAAGGUCGUGCAUCACUGUGCAGGGUUGUGCAUGGCUGUGCUCUGCUCUGUGCUGCCGUAUGGGACUGCGCAUGGCUUUGUACCACUGUGUAUGGUUGUGCACUGCUGUGCAAUGCUCCGUGAGCCCCUCCCACCUGCUUUGGGGCUGCAGAGCCUCGUGCUGAUUUUUGGGUUCCCCUCUGCCUCCCCUUACCAUGGGGUGCCAUAGGGCUGCUCCUCCUGGCUGUGUUUUUAGCAUCUCCCAGCAGCCCCCAGCCCAGGCUGCCCCAAACUUUGGCAUUCACUGCGUGCCUUAAUCGUGUGACAUUAAAUCAAGGUCUGCAGCGAACACAAAAUGCUGGGGCUGAUGGCUGGAGGAGC